AUGGCCAAGGUGGACGAUGGUGUCGUUGCCGUGACUUCCGUUAAUGACCAAGACGGGCUUCCUAUGCAUAAUCAAGCUCAGCGCCACAGCAGCCUUUCACGUAUCGAGGCUUAUCGCUAUCACAAUACAACGCGAACCACCGACCCAGGUGGAGGAAAGGUAACGAAUAGCGGCAUUGCCGUACCGUCUGUCAACAACCAGGACGGCAUACUCAUAGAUUACUACACACAAUACAACGGCAAUGGCUCAACGGAUGAUGGCUGGCCUGCAAAGGACAAAUGGAUAUCGUUCAUGGAUAUGUUCAACAACAGCAGAUGGCACAUGGAAAGGUCGUGCCACCAAUUUAACGUCGACCUCAACACCCACCAGGAAAUCAUAGACAUGUACGAAGCCAUCCAGUUCGUCGCCGCUGCCACAUUUGUCGACCACCGCUUCAUCCUUGCGGUAAUAAUGCAAGAAUCUGGCGGCUGUGUCCGCGCCCCUACAUCCAAUUACGGAGUCCCGAAUCCGGGCAUCAUGCAAGACCAUAACGGCACGGCCUCUUGUAACAACGGGAAGACGCAGAAACCCUGCCCGGGAGAGACGAUUACGCAAAUGGUUCAAGAGGGGACGGGCGGAACUACGUGGGGUGAUGGACUGGCGCAGUGUCUGAACCAAGCUGGCACGUCAGAUGUUUCUGCGUUUUACAGGGCGGCGAGGAAAUAUAAUUCUGGGUCUAUCGAUGACUCAGGGGAUCUGGGGAAAGGGAUAGCGACGCAUUGUUAUGCUUCGGACAUUGCGAAUCGUCUUACGGGGUGGGUGCAGUAUCCGAAAAACUGCACGCUUGACCGUUGA